AUGAACCGUGGCGGGUUUCGAAGAACUUAUAGUAGUAAUUCUAUCAAAGUUUCGAAAGCCGAAGUAGGACCGAGUAGUUUUGAAAAGAUCAAACUUUUAGGGAAAGGUGACGUUGGUAGAGUGUAUCUUGUUCGCGAAAAACGUAGGAGUUUAGAAUCUGUAGGAAGUGAUGAGCUUUCUAAUCAACCGAGACUUUACGCGAUGAAGGUUUUGAAUAAGAAGGAAAUGAUUCAACGCAAUAAGAUUAAACGUGCUUUAGCUGAACAGGGUAUAUUAUCCACUAGCAAUCACCCGUUCAUAGUGACACUGUAUCAUUCAUUUCAGUCUGAGGAUUACCUCUAUUUUUGCAUGGAAUACUGCAUGGGUGGUGAAUUUUUCCGGGCCCUUCAAGCUCGCCCUGAUAAACGUCUUGCUGAAGAAGAUGCGCGAUUCUAUGCUGCGGAGGUCAUCUCUGCUCUAGAAUAUUUACAUCUUCAUGGGUAUAUUUACCGAGAUUUGAAGCCUGAAAACAUCCUGUUACAUCAAUCUGGUCAUAUCAUGCUUUCGGACUUUGACCUCUCAAAACAAUCUGAAGUGGGCGGCGCACCGGCUAGUGUCAAGACUAUCACGCCAAAUGGUGUACCACUUAUUGACACCAAAUCAUGUAUUGCCGACUUUCGUACAAAUUCAUUUGUAGGUACUGAGGAGUAUAUCGCACCCGAGGUCAUCAAGGGCAAUGGUCAUUCAUCUGCGGUUGAUUGGUGGACGGUAGGAAUCUUGAUUUACGAAAUGCUUUACGGUUUCACGCCCUUCAAAGGACCUGAUCGACCUAGUACAUUCGCCAAUGUAUUGAAGCGAGAAGUCACGUUUCCGGAUCAUCCAGUCGUAUCAGCCGUUGGUAAGAGCCAUGUAAGAAAGCUUUUGGUCAAAGAUGAACACCGUAGAUUGGGUAGUCAGAGCGGUGCAAGUGAGGUGAAACAGCAUAAGUGGUUCGCUCCAAUUAGCUGGGGACUCCUGAGAAACUGUACACCACCCAUCAUACCUUCUAUCAACACACUGGAUCUCACGGCAGUUGUCAAAAGCUCAAGAAGAGAUUCCAAAUCACUUGACCUCGAGAGUCAAAUCAUGGCUCCAAUUCUAACUUCCUCCACCUCAUCACUGAAUCCACAUAACCUAACACCUUCAAAUCACAAGCUCGAUGACUCUGAUGUUAGCGAGAUCAUCAAACCGGAUACCAAUGACCCAUUUGGAGAAUUUUCAUCACUCUCUCUUCAUCACAAUGGAUCGUUUGGUUAAAAGCAUCUCUUCUCAUUCACAACUAUUACUCUUACUUUUUUGUCAGUUUUGAUUGGAAUUGUCUAUAUUCGGGUUCAUACAUCCAUUCUGUGACAGGUUGACGGAUUCAGUGGGUAAGUUGAGGGGGGGAAGAAGUGCAUCUGGGAUAUCUGGGAUCCCCUUUUGUCGCCUGUCAUUCAUUAUCAUCAAUUUUUCGUUGACUCAUCCAUCUUAAAUUUUAAUCGUAUCUCAUACCUCAUAAUAUGUGUCUCUCUUUCUUUUCUUUGGCCUCGUUUGCUUUUUCUUUAGCUCAUUGGAAUAUACGGCUUGCCUAUCAUCUCACUAUUAUCUUUUAUCUAUAUCUUCGUUUGUGUAUGUGUUGUUCUUUGUGGUUUUCUCUUUGCCUACUCUAGACCCAUUUGUUUUUGUUUUGUUAAUGGUUUUUAUUUGUGAACGUAGUUUAUCUUAUACUUUGUGACGCUGUUUUUUCAUAUAUAUUUACUAUCGUUUAGUCUGGAUAUGACAUCUUAUUUUACUUUAUAAUACAUACCCAAUUGAUGGAUUUUCAAUUUCCAGUGGAUCGAAUUUUUGUUUGUUUCAGUUUUUGCUAUCAGUAUAACAAUGAUAUGUAGAUGAAAGUUCAAUUUUUUGGC